UUUUUUUUACACUUCCAGGUCGCCUCUCUCCUCUGCUGCCUGCUUCCUCGCCUCCUCCACGCCUCUCUCUCUCUCUCCUCGUCUCCUCCCCCCUCCUCGCUCCCCAUGGAAAGCCCCAUCGUCGGCAGCAGCAGCAGCGGUCGCGUGGAGAUCUAAUUGUGCUCCACGUUGUUGUUGUUUUCUGUGGAUCUUUUUGUUUUGCUUCCCCCCUCCUCCCCCCCGCCCUCCCCCCUGGCUUCUUGUUGGUGGUCUGCCUCAUGCGUCCGGGAAUGCUAUGGCCGCUCCGAGCGCACAGCAGCAGCAGCAGCAGCAGCAGGACUACUUCAGGUCGGUGAGCAGCGAGUCCACCACCUACAUGAUGGUCCCGGCCGGCGGGCCGAGCGGGACGCGGCGCCGCGACGCGCCCUCCAGGGUGUGGGUGGCCAUGGUGGUGAUCGUGGUGGUGGUGCUGCAGAUCGCGUCCACCACGGGGCUCUUCCUCUACCUGAACAUGUCCAUAUCGCAGGUGCGCAGCCAGGGCGUCACAGAGGAGCUGAAGUGCCUGAGCCUCCUGAACGCGCUGGACAAGGAGCAGCACAUCCCGGAGCAGCUGGCCCAGCUCUUCGGGGAGCCGUGCAUCAAACUGGCCGAGGGCAUCAAGGCCUACAUCUCCAAGGUGACAGAAAACAUCAUCUCCAAACAGACAUUCAUAGAGGCCAGGACGAUGCCGCGCUCCUUCAACAACUCUGGGUCAAAGUUCACGACCUCGGUGGCCCAGAGGCCGUCGGCCCACCUGACCCUCAGGGACACCAGCUCUCAAGGGUUACCGCCCUACCCAAUCCCCACGGUGGGCCUCCACCAGUCCUGUCGUCACGUGGUCCGCACGUGGGCCAAUCAGAGCUUCGGAGCUCACCUGCACAACAUGAGCCUGUCCAAUGGGAGGCUGCGAGUGCCUCAGGACGGCCGGUACUACCUGUACUCACAGGUGUAUUUCCGGUACCCGUCCCCCGCGGCCAGCGAUGGAGACCAGCGCAGCGCGAGCCACCAGCUGGUGCAGUGCGUCUACAAGAAGACCUCCUACCCGAGCCCCAUACAGCUCCUGAAGGGGGUGGGCACCAAGUGCUGGGCCCCGGACGCCGAGUACGCCCUGCACUCCGUCUACCAGGGGGGGCUCUUCGAGCUGCGGGCCGGAGACGAGAUCUUCGUGUCCGUGUCGUCCCCGACGAUGGUCAACGCCGACGACUCCUCCAGCUACUUCGGCGCCUUCCGGCUCGACCUCUGAGAGGACGGCGGCGGGGGGGGGGGCAGAGGGGAUCUGGGAUCCCUUUACAGUUUGCUCGGACGGAUACUGUGAAGGAUGGAGGGGUUCCCUUGGGGGGGCGGCGGCUUCGUGGAUUUGACUUCCUUAAAAUGCAAAGAUGCAGAAAGAUGCACAAGGAUGCACGUGCAACAGAUGUGAGGAUGCUAUAUUCUUUUUACUUCCUUAAAAGAACGAUGCACAUGGAUUCAUAUGGAAGCACCAAGAUGCACGAAGAUUCACCGAGAUGCAGAAAGAUGCACGUGCAAUCAGAGGAGAUGUGAGGAGAUGAGAUUUUAAAAAACUUCCUUAAAAGAAAGAUGCGCCCGGAUGCAGAAAGAUGCGCCCGGAUGCAGAAAGAUGCACCAGGAUGCAGAAAGAUGCGCCCGGAUGCAGAAAGAUGCACCAGGAUGCAGAAAGAUGCGCCAGGAUGCAGAAAGAUGCGCCCGGAUGCAGAAAGAUGCACCAGGAUGCAGAAAGAUGCGCCCGGAUGCAGAAAGAUGCACCAGGAUGCAGAAAGAUGCGCCCGGAUGCAGAAAGAUGCGCCCGGAUGCAGAAAGAUGUGCCCGGAUGCAGAAAGAUGCACCCGGAUGCAGAAAGAUGCGCCAGGAUGCAGGAAGAUGCACCCGGAUGCAGAAAGAUGCGCCCGGAUGCAGAAAGAUGCACCAAGAUGCAGAAAGAUUCACGUGCAAUCAGCAGCGUGAGGAUACUCUAUCUAGCUCGCUCCUCCAGCAUCACCCAUGGGUGUCAUCUCGGCUCACGUCUCUAUCGUCUUCGUUGCCCCGCCCCCCCCCUCCCCCCCUCUCGGAUUUUGGACGCAAGAGACCGAAGAAUGUACGCAGAGAAAUGUAAAAGAAUAAAAAACAAUCGUCCGCGUGAGGAAGAAACCAAAACCAGGAACACGAGGAACGGAGAGAUGGACGGAGGAGAGGAACGGAGAGAUGGAAAGUCGUUCACGUCUUCUUCUCUUCUUUUUUUUUUACUGGACUUACAACCACUGAGGACGUUACGCAACAUCAGAGCUGUGGAUUUGUUUGUUGUUGUCUUUUGAGAGCAGGAUGCAGGAAUGAGACUGUGAAGCAACACGAGAGGAGGGAGAGAGAGAGAGAGAGAAAGAGGAGGAACUCAAAUAAAAAGGGGGCGUGGCCUCCCGUCCUGAUCUCUC